CGCAUCAUGGAGUGUUUACAUACCAGGUCUUUGGUGUGGGCAUCCCCAAUCCCUACAGACUCAGGCCCUUUGUUGGGGCCAGAGUUCCAGUAAAUAGCAGCUUCUCUCCACUCAUAAGCAUCUUCAACCCUCACAGUGAACCACUGCAGGUUGUAGAAAUGUACACCAGUGGAGGAGAUCUACAUUUAGAGCUACCUACUGGACAGCAGGGUGGCACCCAAAAAUUAUGGGAGAUCGCUCCAUUCGAGACGAAGGGUGUGAUGAGAGCCAGCUUCUCUUCUCGAGACGCUGACAACCACACAGCUUUCAUCAGAAUUAAAACAAACGCGUCCAAUGAGGACGAGUUUAUCAUCCUCCCUGUAGAGGUUGAAGUCACCACAGCACCUGGUAUAUACUCCUCCAUAGAGAUGCUGGACUUUGGUACGCUUCGAUCGCAAGAUCGACCAAAACAACUGAAUUUGCAUCUGUUAAAUUCAGGAGCAAAAGAUGUAUCGAUCAUGAGUGUUAGGCCAACUCCGUCGAAUGAAGCGGUCACAGUUGAGUUCAAACAAAUUACACUAAAAGCUGGAGAGAGCCGAUAUACCAAAGUUGCAAGUAUUAUUUUUGAUGCUUCAAAAGCAAGAAGAUCAGACCAGUUUUCUGGAAAAAUAACAGUGAAGGCAAAAGAGAAAAGCUACUCAAAACUUGAAAUCCCUUACCAAGCUGAGGUUUUAGAAGGGUACCUGGGCUUCGACCACACAGCCACCCUGUUCCACAUCAGAGACAGUCCUGUAGAUCCAGUGGACAGGCCCAUUUACCUCACCAAUACUUUCAACUUUGCCAUACGCAUCCACAACGUGUCACUUCCAGAAGAAGCCAAGACUAUGUUCAAUGUGCGUAAUUUCAGCACACCAGUUCUUAUCCCUCCCCAUGAGUCCCGCUAUAUUUUCUCCCUUCUGUUUCGACCAGUGCGACCCUCCAUCCACAUCGACAGCAACAUUCUCCUCAUCUCUAAUGCUUCUAAAUUCCACCUGCCAGUCAGGGCCUACACAGGCUUCUUGGAGCCCGUUGUUCUUCCUCCCUGUCUUCGAGAGCACAUCCUAGACUUUGGUGUUCUUAGUGCUACAGACACCAGCAGUUUAGUGUUUGUGGUGGUCAACAGCAAUCCAAUUGAGUUGGAGAUAAAGUCAUGGUUGGUGACAGGAGACAGUCUGUCAAUGGAGUUGCUUAACACAGAAAGAGGGAACAGAAGUAUAGCACUGAGCAGAACACAAGAGCUCCAGAACACAUCAGCCGCCCAAUACAAAACCGUCAUUUUAGCCUCAGGCUACUACGCAGCGUUUAAAGUCACUUUGGUGGCAAAAGCUCUAGAGGGAAUAUAUGAUGGAGCCAUACAUAUUACAACAGACUAUGAGAUACUGACCAUCCCUGUAAAGGCUCUUAUAGCAGUAGGAACAUUAAGCUGUUCACCUAAACAAAUCAUUCUUCCUCCUUCAUUCCCGGGAAAAGUUGUUCACCAAGGAUUUAGCAUACAGAGUUCAUUCUCACAGAAAGUUAGGCUUCAGCAAAUUCGCUCUCUCACAGAGGACGUCCGGUUUUACUUCAAACGACUUCGCAAUAACAAAGUGGAGUUGGAACCCAGACGAAAGUCCAAGAUAGCAAACAUUUAUUUUGAUGCCAGCUUGCAGUGUGGUGAUCACUGUUAUGUGGGAUUACCGUUUGUAUUAAAAUCUGAAUCCAGGCCCCAUGGUUUAAUUAUGCAGGAGGACAUAUGGGACGCUGAUGUAGAUCUACAUCAGCGGCUCCUGAAAAGAUGGCGAGAGCUCAAAGAGCAAUCAGGCCUUGAGGUUGAAGCUUUCUUUGAAGUGAACACAGAUCUGCAGAAGAAUGUGCAGGCCAAGAUCUUAGCGCAGCUCACAUGGCCCUCGCUGGUCAACUCAUCACAACAGAUUCAUUUUCCUCUCACAAACACCGACAGCUCAUCAGAAGAGGAAGUGAUUCUAGAAAACUCAGCCGAUGUCCCAGUCUACGUUCAGGUUCUUCCUUUGGCUCUUUACCCGAAUCCCUCAGUGUUCACAGGCAGACUUGCUGACAGGUUUCCUUUAGGAAAGUUGUCUAACAUCAACAUUGACACGAAUACACUGGAAUUCCAGGUCUAUAAAAAUCAUUCUUCAGUGAUGAAGAGUUCUACAGGAUUUGUUGAAGGUUUAACUCGGCCCUAUGUAUACAACAUGCUCCUUAUGCCUGGGGAGGUGAAGUCCUUCAACGUGAGGUUUAGACCCAUCACCAAUCACAGGGUCUCUUCUCUGCUAGUCGUCAGGAACAACUUGACAGUUGUAGACUUGAUCAUGGUUCAUGGUCAAGGCACCACAGAGAGUCUGAGACUGGCUGGUAAAGCCCCAGGUCUCGGCAGCUCUCUGAGGUUUAAGCUCACCGAGGCAUUUCUCAAAGACUGUUCAGAAGCUAAAGCCAAGGAACCAAACUUCACUCUUCGAAGGACUUUCAGGUUGGAGAACACCGGGCUUCUUCCCAUUCACAUCCGAUCUAUGGAGAUCAGUGGCAAUGCAUGUGAGGGUUAUGGCUUCAAAGUUCUCAACUGUGAAGAAUUUGCACUCAAACCAAACACUUCAAAAGACCUUGUCAUACUGUUUACACCAGAUUUCACAUCAUCCAGAGUGAUCCGGGAGCUGAAGUUGGUGACUGCGGGGGGUUCAGUGUUUGUGUUUGUGCUAAAUGCGUCAUUGCCAUAUCACAUGCUGGCAGUGUGUGCUGAGACCCUUCCCCGACCCAACUGGGAGCUCGAGCUCUACAUCAUCGUCUCCCUCAUUAUGAGCUCCAUGUUCCUGCUGGUCAUCGCUACUGCCUAUCUGGAGGCCCAGGGAAUAUGGGAGCCUUUCAAACGACGGCUGUCUGUGGAAUCCAACUCUCCCAUGGAGACUGGAAAACCAUUUGAUCUCAGGGAAAUUGUACGAAUUCAAAGUGAUGCUAACUUGAAUGAUUUUGCCGACUCAAACCAGAACUCGACAAGAGGAAUGUAUGGGUCAAGCGGUGGCGGGAGGGCUGGGGGUCGGCAGGGUGGUCCUCACUCCAGUUCCAACAGCAAUGGUGUUCUGCCAGACAGUAAGCCCAAAUCUGGUUCAGGCCGCUCUGGAUCUAUGCAACCCUCCUCCAGCUUUCCGCUCAAUAAAGAUAGUGGCCAAGGACUGAGCCAGCUAACUAAUCGAAAGGCCCGGAGUUCCAAACAGCAGCAGCAGGGCUCAGGCCUCCUGGAGGACCUUCCAAGCUCAGGACCCUCACAGUCCAACAGCACAAGGGCCAACAGUACAGAGGAACAGGACUACAACCGACUUCUGGCAGCCAUGGAUAAAGACCACGACAGGCCUGAGUCUCCUGCCAAUAACGUGUCUUCAGAACACAAUUCACAACAGCCUUCACAAAACAAAGUACUUGAAUCAAAAGGGAAAGUGAAGAAUAAAACAAAAGCUCUUAAAAAGAAAGAGGAGAAAGAGAGGAAAACAAAGGGAAAGACUCAAGGAGAAGAUUUAAAAGAGCCACUGGCAGACAACGAUGACAGCUCUUCUACUACCACAGAGACCUCUAACCCUGACGUGGAGGCCAAUAUUAAAGAGGAGCCAGUGAAAGUGAAAGGAAAAUCAGUGUCAGUGGACAGUGGAAAAGAAAGAGAAGAAAUUACUCCCUCCCCCGCUAAACCAAAAACUAAGAAACAACCAACCACAAAGAAGGAGAAUCAACUGGAAAAAUCCAGGUUUGUUCAGAGCUGUCACUGAAGGUGACGUGUGAUUUCUGUGUCACU